CGCACUGACGUAUCUCUUUCAAGUCGCUACGCUCCCACCGACCCCUUCGAAUCUACGCAGCCCACGGUCCUUUCGUGUUUCGUGCAGAGCAGCAGCAACGGGAAGCUUGACCUACGUGAUGGUGCGGUUUCGUGUAGUGGAGGGACAUGCUGCUGCUGACCACAGUGGAGCACGGCACAGUACCACAGGAGUUGGCAAUCCUAAGGCCUGACUCGGCAGCGAUCCCCAGAGUCUCCUCCUCCAUCGAGGGACUUGCACGGUGCGUGCACCCAACACCACCACCGCCGCCGCCGCUACUGCCACUCUGGGGGAGGGACGGUCUCGCACGCGCCUUCACUGAUGGCUCCCUAACACCUGCCACUGUCGCCGCCGCUACUGCCACUGAGUGCCUUCGCAUCGCACCCCAACGGCCCUGUAAACACCUACCGCUGCCGCCGCCGCCGCCGCCGCGGGAGGGACUGCCUGGCACCGCAGUGCCCGGUAAAUACCUGCUGUUCGUCACCGCCAACGCUGCCGCUGCGGGAAGGGAUGCCUGGCACCACACUGCCCGGUUAAACACCCACCGCUGCUGCCGCAGCCGCAGCCGCAGCCGCACCCGCCGAGGGAGGGAAUGCCUGGCACCACACUGCCUGGUUAAAACCUGUUGCCGCCACUGCAGCAGGAGGGAUUCACUAGCACCCCACUGCCCGGUAAACACCUGCUGCUGCUCGCCACCGCCACCGCCACCGCCGCCGUCUACGGAGGGAUUCGGCCUCGCAUCGCACAUUUCCUGCCCUCCCAACACCUGUAGCAGCGGGAGGGACUGCGUGGAACCUUGGCCCUGUUCGGCCAACACCACCUACUACUCCUACUCGUGCUGCUGUAGCUGGCCAGGGAGGGAAUAGAGUUGUGGGUUGGCGUGGCAGUAUUCCCUCAUUGUGGUGUAUGUACUUGCACAGCUGUUGUGGUGUGGUGCCAUUACUCAAUUGUAAUAGUUUCAAUUGCCUCAUUGUGGUGGUGUUAAUGUACUUCCAUAGUUAUUAAUGAAGAAUGAAUUUGAAAUCCAUCUUGA